AUGGGCUUCGCUUUGAAGAAGCCAGAUGAUGCCGUGGGCUCGGCUACCCCGGCCAUCCUCAUCGGAUUGUUUGUUGCUUUUGGUGGUGUGCUCUUUGGAUAUGACACAGGUACUAUCAGUGGCAUCAUGGCCAUGAAAUUCUGGCGGACGAUGUUCUCUACUGGAUACAUUAACGACAAGGAUGGCCUUCCCGAUGUCACUUCCUCUGAAUCCUCCAUGAUUGUCUCCCUCCUCUCUGCUGGCACUUUCUUCGGUGCCCUCUUCGCCGCUCCUGCUGCUGAUUUCCUGGGUCGACGCAUGGGAAUGGUCGCGGAGUGCGGUGUGUUUGUCUUCGGUGUGAUUCUUCAGACCGCUGCUACAUCCAUCCCUCUCUUCGUGGCCGGUCGUUUCUUCGCUGGUCUCGGUGUUGGUCUCCUUUCGGCUACCAUCCCCCUCUACCAGUCCGAGACUGCCCCUAAAUGGAUCCGUGGUACCAUUGUCGGUGCCUACCAGCUUGCUAUCACAUUCGGUCUGCUGCUCGCUGCCAUUGUCAACAACUCCGUCAAGGACCGCAAUGACACCGGCUGCUACCGUAUCCCCGUUGCCAUCCAGUUCGCCUGGGCCAUCAUCCUCGUCGUCGGCAUGCUUAUCCUUCCCGAAACUCCCCGUUUCCUGAUCAAGCAGGACCGCUACGAGGAAGCCACCAAGUCCCUUGCUCGUCUCCGCCGCAUGGACGUCAACGACCCCGCCCUCAUCGAGGAGCUUGCCGAAAUCCAAGCCAACCACGAGUACGAGAUGCGUCUCGGCAACGCUACCUACCUCGAGAUCUUCCGCGGGCCCCUCGCCCGACGUCUCGCAACUGGCUGCGCCGUCCAAGGUCUGCAACAGCUCGCCGGCUGCAACUUCAUCUUCUACUACGGCACAACCUUCUUCCAAAACUCCGGAAUCCAAAACUCCUUCACAAUCACCCUAAUCACCAACAUCAUCAACGUCGUCUCCACCUUCCCCGGUCUCUACAUGGUCGAGAAAUGGGGUCGCCGCCCGCUCCUCAUGUUCGGCGCCGUCGGCAUGUGCAUCUCGCAAUUCAUUGUCGCAAUCGUCGGCACAGCCGUCGACUCCGACGUCUCCAACAAAGUCCUCAUCGCCUUCGUCUGCAUCUACAUCUUCUUCUUCGCCAGUUCCUGGGGUCCAGUAGCCUGGGUCGUCACCGGCGAACUCUUCCCCCUCAAGGCCCGUGCCAAGUGUCUCUCCAUCACCACCGCCACAAACUGGCUCCUCAACUGGGCGAUCGCCUACGCUACACCCUACAUGGUCAACAGCGGCCCAGGAAACGCGAACCUCGAAUCCAAGGUCUUCUUCAUUUGGGGUGGAUGCUGCUUCAUCUGCGCUAUCUUCGUUUACACUUGCAUCUACGAGACCAAGGGUCUUUCCCUGGAGCAGGUUGACGAGCUCUACGCUAAGGUCCCGCGUGCUUGGAACUCUGUUGGAUGGGUUCCUUCAGUGAACUUCACUGAUGUGCGGGAUGUUUCUGAUGACAAGAAUGCCGAUCUGGCUCAGUUGGAGAUCGAUGCUGGGGAGAAGAGAUCGGAGGGUGCUAUGCACCUGGAGAGUGUUGCUGCGAAAGCUGAUGUUUGA